CGUUCACCCAGGACGGCGUCGGCACAGACCAGUUGGGCUGCAUAAACAAAAUGGUCGCCCGACAAAUUUGACGACAACCGUAUCAUGAGAGUGCUGCGAGUCUCAUCAACUUGACCGCGUGGCCGCUAUCUCUUUGAUCAGAUGCGCCUCAUCGUCACCGGCUCAAUGACCGAGUCUGAAGCCUCGACGCCACGGCGGCUGUGGCAGACCAUCAGGUCCCCCGCAUCACGUCGUAAGGCUUCAGGACAAAUGUCCUACCCUAGAAGUCCCACCUUCCCCGAAUUCAAAUUCAGUACACGCAAUUUUCAACCGGCGAGCGAUGGACACCAUCACCUCACACGUGUUGCAUGCAUGUUGACCGACCUCCUGCAGCAUGGUGGUUGGCUGCUUUUUUUUCUGACCGAGAGAGGAAGGAACCAAAGUAGGGCUUUACAUGGUACGCCAAGAGGAGAAAUGAGAGAACCAGAGCCGCUGUUAGUCUCUCAUUCAAUGCACCUGAUGUAACCGAGUAUCCCUUUCGUGGGGGUUUGUUUGCCUGAAGCAACCUCUCCCCCCUGCCAUGGCGCUGUACGAAGUGAGUCCCCUCCACUAUCCGACGGAAUUGAAGCUUUCAAGAGGACAUGGAUGCUAGGGGUCUCGCAUCUCAGCAGCCCGGUCUGCAUAUGUGAGGCAACUACGGAGCUGAGUACCCAGGAGAGAGAGCCGCUCGGAACACUCGUCGCCAAGGGACGGGCGUCACAAUUGAGGUGUUGCCAUUCUGUGAUGCGAAGUCCAGGCGAAGCAGGUGAAUGUAGGCGCAGGUCGGUGGUUGAAGUGAAUAACGGCAGACUCCAGACAGGUGUGUAUAUAAAGGCAAGUUAUUUGAUGUUCUUGUCCAGGUUAUCAUAGCCCUGACAAGAACUCAAUUCCUCUCUCCGCUGUCCCUCUACUCUGUUCAUCAAUUCUGAACGGCAACGAUUUAUCGAGAGAUACCCGCUCCCUACUCCUAUCACCACCACAACUACUACUACCACCACACACCAAGAACGCCCCGCAACAAUGGCAGCCCAGUCAAACAUGGUCGUUCCCGAGCACGGCAGCGUACUUGACAUUGGCGGCGGCCAAAUGUCGUCAAACAUCCUCGAAAACCUGCGCCGCGUCUUCGUCGUGGCCAAGAACCCCGUCGUCGGCGGCGAAUUGCCCACCAUGCCCGACGAGCUUCUGUACGACGACAAGGGCCUGGCCAUCUGGGCCGAUAUCAUCUUCACGCCCCAGUUCUACCAGACGCGCGACGAGAUCGCCUUGUUCGAGAGGAACAGCGGGGAGAUGGCGGAGCACUACAUCCCCGACAACGCCACGCUGAUCGAUCUGGGCGCAGGUGACAUGCGCAAAGUCAACUACCUGCUCGAGGAGCUGGCGCAGCGCGGCCGCAAGGCGACCUACCUCGCUCUUGACAUCUCGAAGCAUUCACUGACCUCCAACCUCGAGGACCUUGCCCCCGGCCACGUCGGCGGCAGCGUCCACAUGGCGGGCCUCUGGGGCGACUUCCAGGCCGGCCUCGCCUUUGCCGAGACCAUCACGGCGGCACCCCGCGUCUUCCUCUCCCUCGGCUCCGUCCUCUUCAACGACCCCUGGAAGAAGGCAGUCGCCUCCCUCCGCGACUGGGCCGCCCUCAUGCGCCCGGGCGACCUCAUCCUCGCCGGCAUGGAUGGCCACGACGUCACCUCGGACAAGGUCUGGGACGCCUACCACAGCCACCCGGCCCUGUUCGAGAGCUUCUUCCACAACGGCUUCGCGCACGCCAACGCCCUUUUGGGGGAGCCCAUCUUCCGGCCCCGGGACUGGGAGAUCUGCGCCGAGAUUGAGGAUGGCGAGAAGCGCCACCGCUUCUUCGUUAAGGCCAAGCGGGACGUCGUGUCGGAGACGCAGGGCACGACGUUGAGGACGGGUCUCGAGAUUGACUGGUUCGACGCCCACAAGCGGUCCGAGAGAGACGUCCGCAAGAUGUGUGCCGAGGCGGGUCUCGAGGUCGUCAAGUCGUGGGCCAUUGACGGCUCCGACAUGCGGCAGUAUCUCAUCCGCAACAACCCCGACGCCGGAACCGAGAGCUCGUCUGACGAGAAGGAUAGUGCCAUCUCUGUCAGCGGGGAGUAACUCAAUUUUCUCGGACAUGGACGAGGGAAGCGGAUGAAGGCAUGUACGUAUGCAACACCUCACACCCUCUCCUUCCGCCGUCUUCCAC